GAUCUGGCUGUGGAGAAAUUGGGCGGGAGAAAACUUUAGCAGAAGGAGGCGGCCCUGCUUCUGGGGGCCCCCGGGGAGGCGGGGCGCAGGGCGCGGGGCGCCGUCGGCCGGGGAGGGGUCGGGGCGCGAGGCGGAGCCGGGCGUGUGGCCAGCCCGGUGGGGCAGCGGGCUGCAGAUUCCCGGAUUCCCUGCGGCUGCCGAGCCGCGGCAGGACCGGCCAGGAGGCGCCAUGGAGGGGAGCCCUAUCCCGGUGCUGACGGUGCCCACGGCGCCCUACGAGGACCAGCGGCCGGCCGGGGGCGGGGGGCUGCGGCGGCCCACCGGACUCUUCGAGGGCCAGCGCAACUACCUGCCCAACUUCAUCCAGAGCGUGCUGUCUUCCAUCGACCUGCGCGACCGCCAGGGCUGCACCAUGGUGGUGGGCAGCGACGGCAGGUACUUCAGUAGGACGGCCACGGAGAUCGUGGUGCAGAUGGCCGCGGCCAACGGGAUUGGACGACUCAUUAUUGGACAGAACGGCAUCUUGUCUACACCUGCAGUUUCGUGCAUUAUUAGGAAGAUCAAGGCAGCUGGUGGAAUCAUUUUAACAGCUAGCCACUGUCCUGGAGGACCGGGUGGAGAGUUUGGAGUGAAGUUUAAUGUUGCCAAUGGAGGUCCAGCCCCAGAUGUUGUCUCAGACAAAAUAUAUCAGAUCAGCAAAACUAUUGAGGAAUACACCAUUUGUCCUGAUCUUCGAAUUGACCUGUCUCGACUAGGAAGACAAGAAUUUGACCUGGAGAACAAAUUCAAACCAUUCAGAGUGGAGAUUGUGGACCCUGUGGAUAUCUAUCUCAAUCUCCUUCGGACCAUCUUUGACUUUAAUGCCAUCAAGGGUUUGCUGACUGGGCCCAGCCAGCUGAAGAUCCGCAUUGACGCGAUGCAUGGAGUUAUGGGACCUUAUGUAAGAAAAGUUCUGUGUGAUGAGCUGGGGGCUCCAGCCAAUUCUGCAAUAAACUGUGUUCCCCUGGAGGACUUUGGAGGGCAGCACCCUGACCCAAAUCUGACAUAUGCAACAACCCUUCUGGAAGCCAUGAAAGGAGGAGAGUAUGGAUUUGGAGCUGCAUUUGAUGCUGAUGGAGACCGUUAUAUGAUUCUUGGCCAAAAUGGCUUCUUUGUGAGUCCUUCCGACUCCCUGGCCAUCAUUGCCGCCAACCUCUCUUGCAUUCCGUAUUUCCGUCAGAUGGGGGUUCGAGGAUUUGGGAGAAGUAUGCCAACCAGCACAGCCCUAGACAGAGUGGCCAAAUCAAUGAAGGUCCCUGUCUACGAGACCCCAGCUGGAUGGAGAUUCUUCUCAAACCUGAUGGACUCAGGACGGUGCUCUCUGUGUGGAGAAGAGAGCUUUGGCACUGGCUCUGAUCACCUACGUGAGAAAGAUGGCCUCUGGGCUGUCUUGGUCUGGCUUUCCAUCAUUGCUGCCCGGAAGCAGGGUGUGGAGGAAAUUGUUCGAGAUCACUGGGCCAAAUAUGGCCGCCAUUACUAUUGCAGGUUUGACUAUGAGGGGCUGGAGCCCAAAGCAACAUAUUAUAUCAUGAGGGACCUGGAGGCCCUGGUCAUAGACAAGUCCUUCAUUGGCCAGCAGUUUGCCGUGGGGAACCAUAUCUACAGUGUGGCAAAGACAGAUAGCUUCGAGUACGUUGACCCUGUGGAUGGCACCGUGACCAAGAAACAGGGCCUGAGGAUCAUUUUCUCGGAUGCAUCACGGCUCAUCUUCCGGCUCAGCUCCUCCAGUGGUGUGCGGGCCACCAUCAGGCUGUAUGCAGAGAGCUACGAAAGGGAUCCCAGUGGUCAUGACCAGGAGCCACAGGCAGUGCUGAGCCCUCUCAUAGCCAUCGCGCUGAAAAUAUCCCAGAUUCACGAGAGAACUGGCCGGAGGGGACCCACUGUCAUCACCUGAGUGGAGGGAGAUCACUCACCAAGGCCAAAGAGAGCGCUCAGUGGUGGACACUUCACUGUGCCUUCUUGCUACCUGUUUGUGCCUCUUAUGACAUUGAAAAUGACAAAAGAUAUUUUGUUGUUGGGGAGUAGGGGGUGGGUGGGGAAAAAUCCAUUUUGUUUUGCUUUUGUCCAGUUCCUCCAAAUGCAACAGGAUCUAUAGCUGCCUGUUGAAGCUGCACAUCUAUCAUUUGAUAUCUAUAUUUUAUCACACAAAAGGGGCUCCCCUUUGGAGAAAGUGAGUGGGCCAGGAAACCAUUAAUUGCAGCUUCUGCACAUCACCAGUGCCACAUGAGAAAAGGUUCUAAAAUUAUUCAAGAGAGAGCAGUGUCAGAAUUAAGGGAUCCCAAGCCACAGCAGCCCGAGCAGGGAGAAGACCUCCCCCUGUGUAGAGGAAGAGUCAACUUUGCAUCCUCGGCUGCUUCUCGACUCCUUACAGCCCACCCCAUCCACACAGUGGCCCAUGCUUCCCAGCCUCCCAGCACCCUAGUCCCACUUCCUUUCACAUCUUCCAGAUGGCUCUAGAACCCACAAUGGCACACUUCCAACAAAACAUAUUAAAGGGUGUUUUUCUCUCUCUCAUUUUGUAAAUAUUAUUUUGGCUGUCAAGCUGGUUGCACUCCUUCAAAUGCAGCCAGAUUUCUUUGCAGGUGGGAAGGAGUUUCUUGACAAGAUUCUGCAAAUGAAUGCUUAAAAUGUGGGGGCCCUAACUUGAUUAUACACAUAGGUUGAUACAUGGCUUUAUAUAGAUUGUUCCCGAGAAGACAGAAACACCACUGUGUGCACUAUGUCUCUGAUUUUCCCAGUAAGGGCAAGUUUUCAUGCACUUGUUUGAACACAGUUCUGAUCUUAUUUACAAUGGCCAUGAAAAGGAGAGAAUGAAAUGCUGUGAAGGUAGGAAAUGCAGAGGAUGCUGGAAGAAAACAUUACUUGCAGGACAGUCGUGAGGCUCAUGAGAUGCAAGAAAGGGCUGCAUUGCCUGCUAGGAAGCAGGGGAUCACAACAGCCUUUGUUUGCUGAGGAUAGAAAUGGAUACGCAGCUCGAGCAGGCUCAUCUGUACUCAGCCAGAACGCUGGGGGCAUGGGACCUGUUUGUGUACGUUUGCUUUCUGGGGAACGGCACACUCUGUUACCGCGUCAUUCGCCAAGAUGACCUAGUGCACUUUGACUGUUAAGCAAUGUAUUGUGGCUGUAGUCAAGGUUAGUGCAAGCAAGGAAACAUGUCCAGGAAAGUAAUUGUUUUGCUGUCUAUGUUUCUGUCAAAAACCUGCUAGGACAUUGCUAGCCAAUAAAAAGAGAAAUUCCCUAUUUUAACCUGAUUCAAGGAUUGUAGGUUUCAACUCAUUCGCUUCACCAUUUCAGCAGCUCGCGUAAUGACCACCUAUCUGACACACGUGUUUUCAGAAUACUUGCAAGGACUGUUUUUCAUGAUUAUAACCUGGGGAAUUGGUGAAAUAAAUGGAACAGAAAAAAUAAAGUGCUCAAAAUUCCCUAUGGGAGUCAGCAGAAGCUAAACACAUCUAGACAUUCAUUGUAACAGUCUUUAUUUUGAAAUAAUAAGAAAGUGACUCUGACCUGAGACUUAAAAGAAUCAGUUAUGAAAUGUAUCACCAAUGGAAUAAAAUUUGCCUUAAAUCUUU